AUGGCAGAAACCGAGCACGAAAUUACUCCAGCGGGUCGCAUUAAGGCACCUUCAAGGCACAGCUGUGUUGAGAGAAUAUUAGCGGCCUUCGAAAGCCUCCCAAGUGACAUUAUCAAGAAGAGUUUUGAAGUGUGUGCGAUCUCGCUACCCAUUGACGGAUCGGCAGAUGAGAAAAUAUACUGUUUUCAGAAAGAAGGCCCACUAAGCAAUGGGAGGGAGGAGUUUACUGAAAGGGCCGCGGCAUUUUACGCUGCGCUGGGACAAGGUGCUCCCGUAGAUGAAAUUAAAACGACCCAUUCGCGGACCUAG